AUGGAGUUAAACCCACAACUUGGGUAUCAUAGUUCUAGCAUAAAUGCACCGUACUAUCAGUGUAAGCAAUGUUCAAGAUUGUUUUCAGAUUUAAUUGAAGAAACAAAGUCUAUUGCCGCCAGCGAUAUCACUCUGCCAUAUAGAGUGCUUACAUGUCCACUCACUACAAAUAUUGAUAACGAUCAGUUAGAAGAUUUACAAAGUAAUGAAUUGAAUGAUGUAUAUAAAGGUGUACUAGUCAAAAAUUCACAAAAAAAUAAAAACGUUCGCAAUGCUAUUGAACCUAAAAGAGAUAACGUAAAGGUCACCACGGUAUAUCCACUUUCCAUAGUAAAAUCACCUCUCGUAUUAGAAAUACCCAAUGAAGUACAAAAAAUCAGACGGCAUCCUUGUGAUAUGUGUAAUAAAACAUUUGGUAACCGUAAAAGUAUGAUGCUUCAUCGACGUACGCAUUGUGACUCACAACGUUCAACUUUUGUGUGUCCAGAAGCCAAAUGUGGGCGCAUAUAUUCUUCAAAGCAAGCCUGCGAUGUACAUGUUAAGCAAGUACAUCAAAAAGAUGGUUUGGUCUGUUCUGUUUGUAAUAAGCGAUUUGCUAUUAUACAAACGCUGGAAGUGCAUAUGCGUUACCAUACCGGAGAUUUUCCAUUCGGCUGUAAUCUUUGUGACAAAAAGUUCGCCCAAAAAGGACAUCUCACGACGCACAUGCAAGUUAAGCACAACAACCUGCGUUAUUUUUGCACAGAAAAUGGAUGCGGAAAAGUUUUUAAAAACAGCGUCUCGUUAAGAAAUCAUCGUUAUGUGCACAGUAGUAUGCCUUUCUCUUGUGAAUACUGUAAAAAGGGAUACCCUCAAAAAGCAAAAUUAAAGACGCAUAUAAGCUCAAGACAUGGUAUUAAAAAAACACUGGAGGAUUUGGAAUCGAUGCGUGUGUUUAAAGAUGCUCGUACCAGACACUCCUUGUUCGAAAUUCAAGCGCAGUUUACAGAUGAGACGGAAGGGGAUGCUAAUAAAAUGGGCGACAAUAAUGAGGAGGACGAUUUAAUCGUAUAGCAUUAACCAACCAAAUUAUUUGUUUAAUACGAAAGCUGUACAUUACUUUUUUAUUUU